ACUGGAGGCGGAAGCGGCCGGCGGUCUGCGCCUGGCCCGCCUGGGCUCCUUUCGGCCAGGUUCCCUUUGAGGGAGUGUGACCGCCGGGGCUGGGAAGCCAAGCGAGGUGCGGAGUCGGGGGCUUGGGGCUGGCAAGGGGGAUGGCCCAUUAGGAGGCUCACGGGGACAAACUGGGGAGAGUCUCUGGUUGCCUGGGACAGAGAGAGUGAGAGCAGGAUGAUAGGCCUAGGAGCUUGGGGGAGCGAAGAGGGAGGAGAGGACCAGUCGGCAAACGACGUUGAAAGGAUGGGAGUCUGCGUGAGGAGCUCUCAUCAGGACUCUGCGCUUCACUCCCCUUUGUCUCUCACUUCCCCUCCAGGUCAGUCCCGAACUGGAACUCAACUUUCAGAAAAGAGACGACCCACAAGAUUCUUUCGGGGAGACCGCCAAGUCCUAGCUUCCAUGGGCCAGACGGCCCUGGCGGGGGGCAGCAGCAGCACCCCCACCCCACAGGCCCUGUGCCCUCACCUCUCUUGUCCCGAGGGCUUGGAGGAGCUGCUGUCUGCACCCCCUCCUGAUCUGGGGGCCCAACGGCGCCACGGCUGGAACCCCAAGGACUGUUCAGAGAACAUCGAGGUCAAGGAAGGGGGUUUGUACUUUGAGCGGCGGCCCGUGGCCCAGAGUACUGAUGGGGCCCGGGGUAAGAGGGGCUACACCAGGGGCCUGCACGUCUGGGAGAUCAGCUGGCCGCCGGAGCAGAGGGGCACGCAUGCUGUGGUGGGUGUGGCCACGGCCCUCGCCCCGCUGCAGGCUGACCACUAUGCGGCGCUGCUGGGCAGCAACAGCGAGUCGUGGGGCUGGGACAUUGGGCGGGGGAAGCUGUACCAUCAGAACAAGGGGCCCGGGGCCCCCCAGUACCCAGUCGGACCUCAGGGUGAGCAGCUGGACGUGCCAGAGACAUUGCUGGUGAUUCUGGACAUGGAGGAGGGAACUCUGGGCUACGCUACUGGGGGCACCUACUUGGGGCCAGCCUUCCGUGGACUGAAGGGCAGGACCCUCUAUCCGGCAGUAAGCGCUGUCUGGGGCCAGUGCCAGGUCCGCAUCCGCUACCUUGGCGAAAGGAGAGCGGAGCCACACUCCCUUCUGCACCUGAGCCGCCUGUGUGUGCGCCACACCCUGGGGGAUACUCGGCUUGGCCAGGUAUCUGCUCUCCCCUUGCCCUCUGCCAUGAAACGCUACCUGCUCUACCAGUGAGCCCUGUGAUACCACAGAUUGUGCUGAAGCCUUACCACUACCCCUGUCCUUAGUGGGGGGGUGCUACUAGCCAAGACUCAAAGCCAAUGAGGCUGGGUCCCUACCCCAACCCAUCCUCUGGGGAGCUCAGCAGCCCCAGAGCCAUUUAGAGGGCAGAGGGAGGGAGGUGAUAAUCAAGACUGGGG